UGAAGCGGUGAGGCGCCGUGUCGAUAUAGUUAGUUCAUUGAUUAGAUUGGUUCGGUUCGAUUUUUAGUCAGAUGCAUACGUAAUACUAAGCAAGUACUAUAUGAACAUCUAGCUUAAAUAAUUUUUUUGUCUCUGUACUUUCGUAUUUUUAAAUGCGUGUUCAGAAUGGCCCACUCUAUUCGUUUGGCUUCAGAGAGAGUAGACUUCAGCGUGCCAAGCGACAAAGCACCGCCCCAGUUGUUUACGCCUGGCAUGGUUAUUUCUCAAGAAAGUGGCUUUAUGAGAGGUCAUGGAACUUAUGGAGAGGAUGACUCUAUCAAAGCCUCUGUAGCAGGUAUUGUUGACCGAGUCAAUAAACUAGUUGUAAUUAAACCGCUAAAAUCUCGGUACAAUGGAGAAAUUGGUGAUGUUGUUGUUGGUCGCAUCACAGAAGUUCAACAGAAGCGUUGGAAAGUGGAUACCAAUGCACGGCUAGAUGCAACUUUGUUCUUGUAUUCUGUCAACUUGCCAGGAGGAGAAUUGAGACGAAGAUCAGUGGAGGAUGAACAAAUGAUGCGGAAAUAUCUGACGGAAGGUGACCUUAUAAGUGCUGAAGUCCAAAAUAUAAACUCUGAUGGAUCUCUGUCUUUACAUACUAGAAGUUUGAAAAAUAUCAAGUAUGGCAAGUUAGGCCAAGGUAUGCUCAUUAAAGUUUUCCCAAGUCUCAUUAAGAGACAAAAGACACAUUUUCAUAAUUUACCCUGCGGUGCUAGUAUUAUUCUUGGAAACAAUGGUUUUAUUUGGAUAUCUCCUGUCAUCAAUGCAGAAGAAGAACAUGGUGGAUUCACAAUCAAUUUAGAAGAUGCAGUGCCAAAGUCAGUACGAGAAGUUAUGGUGAGGUUGCGCAAUAGUAUCAAUGCUUUGGCAGCUAGUAAAAUUUUAUUGUUUGAUACAAGUAUUCAGUAUGCAUAUGAUCAGUCAAAAAAAUAUUCUGUCGUUGAGUUAUUAAAUCCAGAAGUGAUGUUGGAUGUAGCUGUGAUGACCCAACAUCAAUUGCAAAUGCUGGAAUAGAGGAGCAUCCACUUUCUCUCCCCUUGUUUAAAGCUCAAUUCAAAGCUUGCUUCUUUCAACUGCUCCCUGAUUUUCCAGCGAUUGUUUCCACAUUUUGCACCUGGCUCACAUUAGACCCUGAAGAAAAUACAAAAUUUGUUACCUUCAGUCAAUUAACUUUAUGUGAUAGUACAAAAAACGUGGUAUUACUUAUUGCUGUUUAUUAGCCACUUGAGCAGGAAAUCUUUUCUGCCAUUUCCAAAAGUCUUCAGUUUCCAUCAUUCCGUUGAUCGCUUCCUGCUGACUUAGGCAUCAUCAUACCUAGACUUGGUUAAUGUCUGUUUCAAAUUUACGGCCAUUAUUCCUGUAACUCAGAACCUCAAUUUACUUUUUAACUCCUAAAACUCAGAUCUAUUUUUGUAUAUUUGUGUUGAUAAUGUAAAUAUUUUUAUUCCAUCAUUAAAACUAAGUUGAAAAAGUACCUGCAGCAUUUUUUAUGUUAUAUACUCAUGAUUCAAAGAAAAGGUUGUAGAAAUAAAUAGUUACUUUUGAGUCAUGUCAAGCAA